GUGCGAAUGGAUAGACACCGAGGAAGCCUUCGACGAUAUAUUCGGCAAGGUAGACGUGCUGUACAGGUACACCCAGAAGGUGGAGUUGCCAGGCGGGUGCGACGCGUUUUUCGAAGAGUCCAGUCGACUACCCACGGGGGCGUUGAACGCGUACGUGCUGAGGAACGGACGGGAGUUAUCCAAGUUAAGGGCGGUGGCGCUCGACCUACCGGGCUUACUGGCGGGCUGGAACUUGACGACGAGAGUUGGGGCACCGCAGCGGCAGACCCCCAACUUGAAAGCGCUGCGCAACAACAAGCUGAACGCGCAG